AUGGGACGGCGCACAUCAAUUGAAAAGCGUGAGUUAGUGUUGGAGUACUUUAAAAAGGGAAUUCCCCAGCGUAAAAUUGGUGAAAUAGUAAAUAUAAGCUCUUCAACAGUUCAACACAUAAUUGAACGCUUCUUACAUGAAAAUCGCAUAGAAAAUAAGGGACGAAAGGCUCCCAAUAAAAUUUUUACAGAAAAAGAAUCGAGGUAUUUGGUAAACCAAAUUCGAAAACAUCCAACAAUUAGCGUUCCAAAGUUGACAGACAUGGCCAAAAUAGAUUUUGGAAAAAUUUGUCAUCCUGAAACCGUCCGCAGAAUAUUGAGAGAAUCAAAUUUCAAUGAUAGAAUAGCUGUAAAGAAACCUUUCGUAAGUGCAAAAAAUAGAAUUAAAAGGUUGCAGUUUGCACGAGAGCAUUUAAAUAAGAGUCCAGCAUUUUGGCGAAAUGUACUUUUUGCAGACGAAGUCAAAAUAAACUUAUUUGGAUCAGAUGGAAGAUCUUAUGUACGGCGCGAAGUCAAUUCUGAGCUCAAAAUACAAAAUUUACGUGCUACCGUAAAACACGGAGGUGGUAAUGUUAUGGUUUGGGCAUGUAUGUCAUCAAAUGGAUUAAACCGACCAUCGCGAUCUCUUAACUUAACUGGUGAAUCUGGUGUAAAAGUUAUGCAGCAAGUGUAA